AAUUACUCGAUUGAUUACACAUACACUCAAUCUUCCCCCCUUGUAUACAUAUGAUUUAGCUCGUUUAUAGCUUAUAAAUUAUCCGUUGAGUUUUAUUGCAGUAUAGGUGAAAACAUUUAGGUUGUAAAGAGUAACUCGAGGAUUAGGUGUAUUUUAAAUGAAUUAAUGAAAAAUAAAGAGACAUAAAUGAAUGAUAUGAAUGAUUUUGAUAUUAUGUUGUGUGGCACAUAAUAUGCGUAUAAUGUGUUAUGUGUAACGAGUAAUUAGAUAUUGAAUACAGGUUUAAUAAUAAAAGGCAUGUCGAUUUCUCUUGUUCAAAAUUCUAUAUCUCCAUUGGAAUGUGUGUUGACCAUAAUUUCACUGCUACUUCUCUUUCUGUGCAUGGAGGAGAGGGUUAUACGGUGCAACGUCCUCGUCGCGCGCAACUUGCACGAGACAAUUGUCAGUGGCGUAGGUGGUGUUUACUGUUUAACAUCGCAACACCGUCAACUUUGAAUAUGUACAUGUGGGAUAUAUACACACAGUCUCACACAUUGCAUGAUAUAUCCCCCCAAUACCUAUAUAGAAAUCCACUCGGGGUCUCUGGGAUAGGAGAGUGUAUAGUUGAGUGACACUGAUGACGACGUUGUGGUGUACAAGCAGGCGUUACCUCGGGCGUUACGGAUACGUCGUUGACGGCUUGCUUGUUCAUCCGAUGAAUCCGGGCGUACCGUAAAAUCUUGAUGAUGCAAUGUAACAGUCGAUUGUUAGGAAAGCUUUGAGUAUACUUGCUGGGAGUACUAUCAUCAUCAGAUGCUUUACAGAAUCAACAUCUUGGACAACUGGAAAUGAUUGUUUGAAAUUAAAGAAAAAAAAAAGGCUCCAAAAAUAUUUCAAAAUCGAUUUUUGAAAUUUUAAGUAUAAAAAAUGGGGUUGAUUAAUUGGUGAAUGAAUUGUUGUUGAAGAAAUUUUUAAAGUAAAUUAGUAGGCUGCGUAAUUGACUGAUAAUGAUUUUGCUAAAUAAGAAGUGUGAAGUUGAUAAAUGAAGAAAAAAUAAAAGUAAAGAUAACUAAUUUUAUAAUAAUGAAUUUUUCAUAUAAAUCCAUUGCAUUAUUAAUUCUUCAAUAUAGUAUGAUGAUUAUUAUAUAUUUAUCUCAUUAUUAUUAUUUAUUAUUUACGAUUUAUCAGUGGAAGUGUUUAGAAUACAUAAACUUACAAUACGUCACAAAACAUCGAUUAAUCUAAUAAACAUAAUACAACAAGUAUUCGUAGAAAAACUAAUAUUAUUAAAACUCCCCUAGAAACAAUUCGCCCUACUGGUGGACGAAAAAAAAAUUAAUUAAUUCAAUUUCGAAAAAAAAAAGAGAUUUUUUUUCUGUUGGGUAAUCAAUCAAAAAAUCAAUACAAAAUUAAUCAUAAUGUUGUAUUAGAGUAGUUAAUUUUUCGGGAGAGAAUAGAUGACUAAAUAAGAGAGAGAGAGAGAGAGAGAGGAGGGAAAGACAAAAAAUUGUUGGAUAAAAAUAAUUUCUGAAAUACGCACGUGAACUAAGAAAUGAAAAAGAAGUACAUAAAUAAAAUGACUUGCGAUCAAGACGACUGUAUAUCGGGAACAAACGAGCCGAGUCGAGGCUGGCCGAUACUCAACGAGUCGACGCGGGUUUCUAUGUAAGAGAAACGAGUAGUCAGUGACGGGCGACUCUUUGAGGCGUCAAGAGCGUUCUUUAUUAGUUUAUAUAGUAUUGCUUCGCGCUUUUAUGGCUGUCUCUUCACAAGACACGUGCUCCGCGUGACAGCUGAUAACGUUCACGCUUCAACAUAUUUCCAAAAUGCUGAAAAAUAAAACGAUAAACUAAAUAAAAAUAAACAAAUAUUGAAAUAUAACAUACACAAAAAUAGACAAAAAAAAAUCAACUGGUCUGACAAAAAUUAUUUCAAUUGAAUCCUUAAAUAUAUUGCUCCUGUUUUUGUUUAGCUGUCAAGAAUGUCUGAAUAAAAUUAUUACAUAAUGUUGACUAAACUGUUUAGAAGUGACUACAAUUAUUAUAAAAGCAAAUAAACAAUUUAGCUGAUGAAUAAUUUAGAAAAUGAAUGAAACAAAUAAGAGUAAUGAUUAUUAUUGGAUGGAUCAGACUUUGUUAUCAAGUCUUCCGUUGGCAACUCUUAUCAGACUACAAGAAUAACUCACCGUUGUUCGAACUAAACAUUGCGAAUUAAAUACAAUCCAACGAUUAUCACUUGAAUGAAUAAAUAUUUGAUUAAACUGUGCUGUAAGCCGAAUCGUUUGCACAACAAAGAUAUUUAAUAAUUUUCAUUCAAGCAUAAAGCUACUUAAGUAUUAUAAUUCAUAAUAUCCUCUAGAAAGCAAAUUAAAUAAGUUAAAAAAGAAAAAAAAUAAUGUAAAAAUAUUGUUUUGAGAGAUUAGACAAUUGAAGGGAGAGUCUAGUGAAGAUUUGGGGGAAUAAAAAAUGAUUACAUUCGAUCUGGUGAUAUAUUCGAGUUGUUGGAUGGUGGAGAGAGAAAGAGAGAGUGACAAAAUGAGAGAGUAAAGUGACGGUAGAGGGUAAACUUGAGUGGCGAGUGGCUGUGAAGAGUUGUCGCAAAGUGGUUGCUACAGUUGGUGGUAUCGACAUCGAGUCACUUGACGAGGUGUGGAGAGAAGACGACAUAUAUCUACGUACAUUCUUGGCGUGUAUCUGUAUAUAUUCGUAUAUAUAUAUAUAUACAAUAUAUAUAACAGUGAGAAACGAAGAGAAAGAAAGUGAGGAGAUUCUUGGGCACGCGCAAUCCACCUGCUAACGUGUAACGGCACGCGCCAUCCUCCUCUCCCUCUCAUGUGCCCUCGACUUCUUCCUUCGUCGGCGUCUCCCUACCCAUACAGGGAUGUCCCCUCCCGUUUUUCCCUCACGCGUGCCACAACCGCGAGUCGGCUUUGGAUGGGACGCGCAGGAGUCAAUCGCUCGUGAGCUUGGACUAGACAAGUUCAGACCAGCUUCUUCUUCUUCAUCAUCAACACCGAGUCUCUUUGAUCCUUUUCUAAAGAAAUUAACUAAACUCCAAUUAGACUGUUUAUUUUUUUACUACUACUCUAAUCUCCAAAUCACAUUGACAACAGUUAUUAAAUAAUAGUAUUAACAAUAUUAUUACUAUUAUUGUUAUUAUUAGUAAUAUUGAUAAUUGUUUAGAUUAAUUAAAAAGAUAUUUAGCAAAAUGAGUGAGAGGUGUCUGUGAUUUCAUUGACUUUCUUCAACAUUGGUAAAUGAAAUUGUCAGUAUAAUAACAAGGAAUCUGCUUAGUCAGGAAAUUCGAGUGAAAGAUGUAAACAAAAGAGAGCUUCAAGAAGAGAGGGAAUAUUACGUAUUUAUGUAGGAGGUAGGAGAGAAUAAACAGACAUGAUAUACUGGCAGGUCUUGUGAUGUUUGUGAGUUUACCGGUAGACUUGGAUGGAUACACUAGAUGAUUAACCAAUUUCAUUAUUACAUGAUCUUGUCGCUACGUGAUAGUAGAUAUUUUUAAAAAUAACAUCAACAACAUUCAUGAAUAUCGAAAAUGCUGUUAUUUGUUAUGGAGUAAGAAAGAAAUUAUUAAUGGAAGUUAUCACUAAGGAAAAUUUUUAUUUGAUACUUUAUCAAUAAUUCAUUGAUAAAAGUGCAACAAAAACUGGUGUUAAUUGUGGGUUUAUUGAAUAAAAUGAAUUAAUUAAUCAGAGAGAUAAAAUUAUUGUGAAAUGAAAUUUUUCUACGUUUUAUGUCGUGAAGAUGAAAAUAUGAAAUAAUUGAAUAAUUAAAAAUAUGGAAUGUUAAAUAAAAAAUAAGUACGAUUAUUGCAAAAGCUGCUAUGUACAAGUGAACAAGCUAGUAUCGAGGGACUGCGCUUAAACCACCUGUUGAGGAUUUACGAGAGGAAAAUUGACAAGCUGUGGCGCGUAUUUUCAUUUCUCAAUCGUCAUCACCUUAUCACAGCUAAUUAAAUAUGCUGCUGAUCAAAUGUACGAUAAUCUACAGUAAAGUGUCAACAAAAAAUCCGAUAUUCACAUCUAGAUGUGUUUAAAUGAACCAAAAAAAAGACAGCUAGAGUGAUAUAAAUUUACUGGAAUAAAAAAAAAAUAUGAAAUUUAUUCUCAAAAAUUUUGAUGAUAAUAAUUGCAAUCUUGGAUCAAGUGAAAUGUCAAAUACACCGGUGUCACAGCAUUGGAGUAAAUAUAAGUGGGUUUGUGGUCGACGCCUGAUACUUGAUGUCCACACAGGGCACUAUCGAACGUGUUGACAUUUGACGUUAUCACUGGUAUCCAUCAUUCGUCGAGUGUUAAAAAAAAAGCCAAAGAGGUCAAGAGUCGCGGGAGAGUGCGUGACGGACUCGAGCGCACGGGUUCGCCCCGCGCUCGAUGCGUCCUGUCGUGAAUUCUUUUUUAUUUACAAUUAUUUGUUACUUGGUUCAAAUUAACCAAACUCAUCUACAAUAAUAGAAAUCAAUGAUUUUUCAUUCAACUUCGAAUUAACUUUAAGAAGUAAUAUAUUUGAAUUUUUACAAAGUGACUGUUAAUUGGUGAUGAAAAAAAGCAAGAAUGAGUAUUAAAAAACUUUGAAAGUUGAUGAAAAUUGAUCGACAGUUUAUUGAAAGUAAUUUUUAAAAAAAAGAAAAAAAAAUAAUUAGUGAAAUGGGGGCAGAUUCUUAAAUUUAAAUCUCCAACACUAAUCCAAGUGUCUGUAUAUCAGUCUUGACAAUUAUCGUGCUGAUCAAUCCAGUUGGAAUGAUGCAGCAAAAAAUAUUAAAGAGGCCAACAGAAGAUCUAGAGACUGCAGGCGCUGGUAAUGCUGAUGGAGCCUUUGGUGAGCCACCAGUCAAAGUGCAAUGCACACAAAAUCAACAUCAGCAUCAACAGACUCAGUCGACAAGUGGUGUUGGAGGAAAUCCACAUCAUGGACUGGGACAGCAUCAGACAGGGAAUGGAACAAAUUCCUCCGGGCCACAAGGACCAAAUACCGUUGGUGCAACGGCCUCAGCAUGUGGUGGCAACAACACCAACGAAGGCCUCACUAAGUUCUCAGUGGAGAUUGUGCAGCAGCUCGAGUUCACGACGUCCGCUGCAAACUCUCAGGCACAACAAAUUUCAACGAACGUUACAGUUAAAGCAUUGACUAAUGCAUCAGUUAAAAGUGAUCUCGUUAAUGCAUCAUCAUCACCAAAGUCUGGUCUCGAUAAUACCUCAGCGACAGUAACGUCCAGAACUCAGUCAAAUAAUUCUAAUAGUGGUGGUGGUGGUAAUAGUGCAGGUGGCGGUGGAAAUGGUGGUAAUAGUGCUAAUAAUAAUAGUAGUAUUGGCUGUGUAGACAUUGGUAAUUUGGUAGAGUGUAAACAAGAACCAGAUAAUGAAUUCGUUGAUUUAGAACAAUGUGCAGCAGCAUUGGAAAAAGAUGCAGCAGCAAAUGGCGCAGGGUUUCCCGGGUUCUCAGACUUUAUUGGUGACGAUACUGGUGAUGAAAUUAUCACAUCAGACGCAUUCAAAGAUCUCAUAUCAGAAAUAUCUGACUUCCAUCCAGAGUUUAUGAAAGACUUUGAUUUUGAAGACAAAAGUGUUGAUACUUUAGGUAGCAAUGUUUCAAGUGGAGUUGGUGGACUUGGAGUAGGUGGAGUGAGUGGAUUAAAUAACACUGGACCAACUAAUAACGGCCAAAUAAAGAUAGAAGAUGAUGUGAAUAAUGGAAAUAGUAAUACUGGAGCAAGUAAUGGUGCCAUAGGUUCUAAUUCUAGCCCAGGUGGUCUUGGAUCUUCUUCACAGUAUUCACCUGCUCGCUUGCCUUAUUCAGGUCUAGAUUUCAAGUCUGAAAUGAGUCCAGCUGCUCAGACAUUAAAACAAAUGGCUGAACAACAUCAGCACAAGAGUCAGCAACUUGGACUUGGACCUCCAUUCAAUCCAACUGCUGCAUCAGCACGAGGACCAGCUUCUAGAUCACCUUAUACGGAAUUUCCUCAAUUCGGAGCUAACCCCGAUUAUCUCGGUAGUCCUGGUAGCAAUGGAUCUACAAAUCAAAAUCAAAAUACCCCUAAUUCUGCUGCCACAGCUACGUAUCAUAAGACUAGUAAUAAUUCCGGUUUCCAAACUCAAUCUACAAAUGAUAUGUUUGCUACUCAAAAUCAAUUCUCUGGUCUGGGAGAUUUUAAGAGGCCUCAGCAAAUGAGUGGUAAACCAAAUAUGCUUGGAACUACAGGUGGUUACAAGCAACAAUAUUCUCCCUAUGGGAGUCCUGGUUCUAUGCCCAAUCAUGGAAGUCCUGGAUAUCCUCUUCCAUCUCGAGGUGCUCAGGGUGGUGGACCUAAUCAACCGGGCUCUGGUCCAGGACCUUUUACAGGUUCUACUCCACCCAGACCAUCAUCUGGGUCGGGCUCUUCUACUUUACAAAUAAACCAAGCUCAGCAGCUACAUAUCUCCAAUCCUGGCCAUAAUAUCCAGGUAUCAGCGGGACAGCAUGUUCAGUUAUCUGGUGAUCUCAAGUCUGGGGUCUCGGUAGCAGCACAACAAGGAAUGUAUUUCAAUCAACAACAAGCUCAAAGUCAGCCAGGCCCUACAGGGCAGACAGACACUUACUGUUCUGUUUCGCAGUCACAAACAAUAAACUUUACUCAGCAAAGCUUAAGACAAAGAGCUGCUGCUGCAGCUGCUGCUGGCAUUCCUCAACCUGGAGCUGGUCCUCCUACCGCUAGAACUCAUCCUCAGCAAGUUCCUCAAAAUCAAGUUGAACAGCAUCAACAUGCUAAGUUACUUCAACAACAACAACAACAACAGCAACAACAACAGCAACAACAACAAAUGAUGAGAGCGCAACAAGUGAUGCAACAUCAGCAACAUUUGACGGGAAGUAUGGGCGGUAUAAGACCACCUCCACCUGAAUACAAAGCAGCAGCCCAGGCCCAAAUGAUUCAUGCCAAUAUGGGGAUGGCUCAACAGACAAGAUUCACGAAUCAAGCAUCGAUACGUAGGGUUACACAGCAGCCAAUGCCACCUUCUGGUCCAAUGAUGAGGCCACCAUUGAUACAGCAACAACAGCAACAUCAACAACAACAGCAACAACAACAAGCGUUACAUGGAGCGGGUGGUAAUAUGUAUAUGGGGGGUGUUGGUAGCAUAGCUGCAAUUGGUGGAAUGCACCAGAUGCAUCAAAGGCUAGGAUAUCCAAGGACUAAUAAUCAACGACCGCCUAAUGUAAGUGUAGGCCCUCCGGACGGAUUAGGUAAUAACAUCGGAAGCCGUACAACUACACAGCAGGAAUGGCGACAUCUUCUAAUGCAACAGCAGACCUUUCAAGCACAAAUGCGACCACAGUUUAAUCAACAAAGUCAUCAAGGUGGCUUCGGCAUGGGCAAUACAGCUGGAAUGCAAAUGACUGCGACACAAAUGCAACAUCAGCAGUUGAUUCGAUCACAGAAUACAGGAAUGGGCAACAAUGCUAUAAGUAGUAAUUCACAGAUGCAACAGAUAUUGUCUCAACAACAUCAAACGAUCGCAGUGCAACAAGGAAACAAUCAAAUGUCAACGAUGCAAAUGCAAAUGUCACAAUCAUCUUCAGUUAAUUCAGUUUCAAGUACUGGUACGGGAUCUCCAUUACAUCCUCAUCAACAAUACGGAGCGGGUAGUCCUGGAGUAAUGAAUUUACCUCAACAGCAGCAUAAUCAACAAUCUGUAACAUCAACAGACCCGUCAGUGGCAGCAGCAGAUUUUAGUCUUGAAUUUUUAGAAAAUCUUCCAACAGGUGAUACAUCAAAUUUUAGCGCUCAAGAGCUUCUUAACUCGUUGGAUUCAACAGCAGGGUUUAAUCUCGAUAUUUUAUAA